CUCCACCCACAUGUGCAAAUACAAUGAGGGUUUCUAGAUUAGAUUUAUAUUUUAAUACCGUUGGCCGGCUUUUCUUGGAGGCCAAGAAAGCGGACUUGUUAGACUUUGACCGCACACUGCAAUUUCCCCCUUUUUAAUUUCGCAUUCUCCUCCUCUUCCGAUGACAAUUGUUGGGUAAAGCGAUGGAGAGGCCGCCUGUAACAUUGCGAAAUUUUGAGGAAUCCGACCUGGACGAUUUCAUGGAGUGGGCGACGGACGAAGAGGUGUAUCGUUUCUCAAUGCGGGGGACUUUCAAAUCGAGGGAAGAGGCGGAAAUGUACAUAAAAAACGAAGGCAUGGGUCACCCCUGGUUGAAGGCCAUUUGCGUGGAGGGCAGGGCUGUGGGCGCCAUUAACCUGAGAAGAGGCCUCGCCGAUUCCUCCUGCAGGGCGGAGAUCGGAUACGGCUUGGCGCGCAGGUGGUGGGGGAAGGGCAUCGCCACCGAAGCUGUGAAGUUGUGCGUAUCCAGGGCUUUCGGUGACAUGCCAGAUUUGGAGCGCAUCGAAGGUCUGGUGGAGCCCGAAAACGUGGCGUCUCAGAGAGUCUUGGAGAAAGCUGGAUUUGUCAAGGAAGGACUGCUCUGCAAAUAUUUUGCCUUCAAGGAGAAAACCAGAGACUUCUAUAGCUACUGCUUUCUUUCUGAACAUUUGCCCCAACGUGUUUAAUUGGUGGUUUGUGGCUCUGCCGUCCACAAAGCAGCACAUUCUGCCAAGUUGACUGUUUUUUAUUCAAUAUUGAAUCUGAUUUUGAUGUGAUGAAAUUAAAGUCAUUUAACUUUCACCUUUCAUGGAUAUGUAGGGGAAGAGAAUCAAUAGAUAACAUAGUUUCAAUAAGUGUUACUUUAUUGUCAUGGUGACCCUCUCAAUAGUUGUUAUAGUGAAAAUAUCAUAAAUAAAUUUGUUUUGUACCAAUAGCCA